CCGAGCACGGCCCGGGCAUGCGGGCGCGCCGUGGGAGCCCCGCGCCGGCGGCGGCGAGCGGCGGGCGAGGGGCCAUGGGGCAGCCCCGCCGCUGAGCAUGGCCGAAGGCUGGCCCUGGGCCGCGCCGGGCCGGGGCGCCCCGCGGCCGAGCCCCCGCCGCGCCGUCAGCGUCUGCGAGUCGCUGGACCUGCAGGGCGUCCCCGCCGUCCAGGCCGCGCUCGGCGCCGCGCAGCAGCAGCGCCGGCGGCCCAAGAGCUUCUGCGCGGCGGGGAACGGGCUGUCCGCCGCGCUGCUGCCGCCGCCGCCCCCCGCCCGCGCCCGCGGCGGCCUCCUGGAACUGCUCCGGCUGCGCUCGCCCCGCCGGCACAGCCCCGACGGAGGCGGCCCCGGCCCCGGGGCCGAGCAGCGCCCGCGCCCCAGCAGCAUGACCUUCCUGCCCGGCGCCCGGCCGCCGCACCCCGCCGACAGCCCCGGCUUCCUCCGGGGGGGCUCGCUGUGGGGCAGCCGCCGCUGGAACCUCUUCGGGGGCAGCGGCUGGAGCGGCUCCAGCCCCAGGAAGAACUUCAGCUCCCUGCGGAAAAGCUUCAGUUUCCGCCUGCGGCGGGGCCACGAGCUGCGGCGCUCCGAGUCCGGGGGGCUGCUGCGCCCCGCGCGCCUCCGCACCAAGAGCGAGGGCGAUGCCAGCUCCCUGCACACCUGCCCCAGCAAGCGCGACCUGCUCUACCCGGAGCUGGGCAGGGCCGGGGCCCGCCUGCACACCGACCCCGCGCAGACCGGGGGGCUCUGGAAACUCCUCACCAGCCGCUUCCGAAGGCGAGAGCGCGGCAGCGCUGGCAGCGUGUGCCCCAAGGAUCAGGGCGGUGUUGAGCCCGGCCUGCUGGGCGGGGGCCCGCUGCGGGCUCUGGACUCAUUUGUGAACAGCCAGGAGUGGACCCUGAGUCGCUCGGUGCCUGAGCUGAAGGUGGGCAUCGUGGGGAACCUGUCCAGUGGCAAGUCAGCGCUGGUGCACCGCUACCUGACCGGCACCUACGUGCAGGAGGAGUCUCCAGAGGGCGGCCGCUUCAAGAAAGAGAUCGUGGUGGAUGGGCAGAGCUACCUGCUGCUGAUUCGAGAUGAAGGGGGCCCCCCUGAGCUCCAGUUUGCUGCCUGGGUCGAUGCAGUGGUGUUUGUCUUCAGCCUGGAGGAUGAGAUCAGCUUCCAGACCGUCUACAACUACUACCUGCGGCUCUGCAGCUACCGGAACACGGCGGAGGUGCCCAUGGUGCUGGUGGGCACACAGGAUGCCAUCAGUGCCACCAACCCGCGCGUCAUCGACGACUCGCGCGCUCGGAAACUCUCCAACGACCUGAAGCGCUGCACCUACUACGAGACCUGUGCCACCUACGGCCUCAACGUGGAGAGGGUGUUCCAGGAUGUGGCUCAGAAGGUGGUGGCUCUCCGCAAGAAGCACCAGCUGUCCAUCGGCCCCUGCAAGUCCCUGCCCAACUCACCCAGCCACUCGUCUGUUUCUGCAGCCUCCAUCCCUUCUGUGCACAUCAACCAGGCCACCAACGGUGGGGGAGCCUUCAGUGACUACUCGUCGUCGGUGCCGUCCACGCCCAGCAUCAGCCAGCGCGAGCUGCGCAUCGAGACCAUCGCUGCCUCCAACACGCCCACGCCCAUCCGCAAGCAGUCCAAGCGGCGCUCCAACAUCUUCACGUCCCGGAAGGGCGCGGACCCGGAGCGCGACAAGAAGGUGCCGGAGUGUAAAGCGGACAGUAUUGGCAGCGGGCGGGCCAUUCCCAUGAAGCAGGGCAUCCUCCUCAAGCGCAGCGGCAAGUCCCUCAACAAGGAGUGGAAGAAGAAGUACGUGACCCUGUGUGACAACGGGGUGCUCACCUACCACCCCAGCCUGCACGACUACAUGCAGAACGUGCAUGGGAAGGAGAUUGACCUGCUGAGAACCACGGUGAAGGUGCCGGGCAAGCGUCUGCCCAGGGCCACGGCAGCGCCCGGCGCCAGCCCCAAGGCCAACGGGCUCAACAAGGACAGGAGCAGCUCUCAGCUGGCAGCAGGCACAGGUGCUCCCCACUCCACCAGCAGCACGUCCCUGCACUCGGAGCGCUCCCUCAGCGGCAUCAGCCUGGUGGGGUUCAGCUGCAAGGACGGGAUGCACCAGCGCUCCUACUCCGUGUCCAGCGCCGAGCAGUGGGGCGAGCCCGCGCCCGGCCCCGCCGCCUGCCCCGGCCCCGCUAACGGUACUGCCGACUCUCUCAGCUCCAGCCCAAACAUUUCCAGUGCUGCCAGCCCCAAGCUGGAGCCGCCUCCAUCACCACAUGCCAACAGGAAAAAGCAUCGCAGGAAAAAGAGCACGGGGACACCUCGGCUCGACGGCCCCAGCACGGCAGCAGAAGAGCCAGAUGAGCCAUUUGAGUUCAUUAUCGUGUCCCUGACGGGCCAGACGUGGCUCUUUGAAGCCUCCACAUCAGAGGAGCGGGAGCUCUGGGUGCAGGCCAUUGAGAGCCAGAUCCUGGCCAGCCUGCAGGGCUGUGAGAGCAGCAAAAACAAGGCUCGGCUGGGCAGCCAGGGCGACGCGCAGGCCAUGCAGGCCGUCCGCACCGCGCGCGGGAACAGCUUCUGCGUGGACUGCGACGCUCCCAAUCCGGACUGGGCCAGUCUGAACCUGGGUGCUCUCAUGUGCAUCGAGUGCUCCGGGAUCCACCGCAACCUGGGCACCCACCUGUCCCGUGUGCGCUCCCUGGACCUGGACGACUGGCCCAGCGAGCUCCUCAUGGUCAUGACGGCCAUCGGCAACGCGCUGGCCAACGCCGUCUGGGAGGGAGUGGUGGAGGGCUACCCCAAGCCCACGCCCGAGAGCAGUCGGGAGGAGAAGGAGCUCUGGAUCCGGGCUAAGUACGAGCAGAAGCUGUUUCUGGCCCCCCUGCCCCAGUCGGACAUCCCGCUGGGGCAGCAGCUGCUGCGGGCCGUGGUGGAGGAUGACCUGCGCCUCGUGGUGACGCUGCUGGCCCAUGGCACCAAGGAGGAGGUGAACGAGACCUACGGAGACGGCGACGGGCGCACAGCACUGCAUCUGUCCUGCGCCAUGGCCAACGUGGUGUUCACACAGCUGCUCAUCUGGUACGGCGUGGACGUGAAGAGCCGGGACGCUCGGGGCCUGACCCCGCUGGCCUACGCCCGGCGAGCGGGCAGCCAGGAGUGCAUCGACAUCCUGCUGCAGCACGGCUGCCCCAGCGACAGCGCGGCCACGCUGACACCCAGCCUGCCGCGCCGCAACGCCAACGCCAACAACAACGCCUGCGCCGCCGCGCCGCCGGAGCUCAGCACCAGCCCCGGCACGGCCUAGCCCCGCCGGCCCUCUGGCACUGCAGGCUGGCCCUGGCCACUGCAGGCUGCCCCUGGACACUGCAGGCUGGCCCCGGCCACUGCAGGCUGCCAUCAGCCACUGCAGGCUGCCAUUGGCCACUACAGACUGCCCCCGGCCACCACAGGCUGCCCCUGGCCACUGCAGCCUGCCAUCGGCCACUGCAGGCUGCCAUUGGCCACUACAGACUGCCCCCGGCCACCGCAGGCUGCCUCUGGCCACUACAGACUGCCCCCGGCCACCGCAGGCUGCCUCUGGCCACUACAGACUGCCCCCGGCCACCGCAGGCUGCCUCUGGCCACUGCAGCCUGCCAUCGGCCACUGCAGGCUGCCAUCGGCCACUGCAGGCUGCCCCCGGCCACUGCAGGCUGCCUCUGGCUACCACAGGCUGCCCCUGGCCACUGCAGGCUGCCCCAGCCCUGGAGGGGCUCUGCAGCACCAACGGGCCCCAUGCUGCUGGUCCCCGCCAGGCGCCCCUUGCAGGCAGGAGGGGCUGGAGCCGGCUGGGGGCAGCGUCCUGCCCCUCCCCGUCAGCUGUGCCCGUGCUGGCAGCUGUGGGUGGAGGGGCUCCCACACAGCCACUGGGGUGGCUGCAGACGGAGGGGCUCCCACACAGCCACUGGGGUGGCUGCAGAUGGAGGGGCUCCCACACGAUCACUGGGGUGGCUGCAGAUGGAGGGGCUCCCACACAGCCACUGGGGUGGCUGCAGAUGGAGGGGCUCCCACACGAUCACUGGGGUGGCUGCAGGCACCCUGUCCCUGACCGGUACAUGCGUGGGGAGACAGUUUCUCCUGCCCCCCCACCCCACACAUCUGUAGAUAGAGCAGGGGCCGGGGCAGUUCAGGUGUGCAGCCCCUGCACAGCAGCACGGGGGCUGGUGGCUGCAGCUGCUCCCUCGGGCAGGUCAGUUGGGCACUGCUCCUGCUCUCCCUGCGUGCUGCCUCAGCACAGCCCGGGCGAGGCGAGGGGCAGCGGGGUGCCUGUCUCUCCAUGGCACCCCGUGCUCCUCUGCUGCUGCUGCUGCUGCAGGAGGGGUGCACCCACCAACGCUGUUCCCCGUGUGCUCAUGCAAGGGUGGCAUCUCCCCAGCGUAGCCCUGGACAAAGGCCUUCCCAGCUCUGUCUGUCUGUCUGUCUGUAGAGUCACUGUCCUUCCCGGUUCAAGCUCCAAGCCAUGCACAGUGUCUCCAUCAGAGCCUCCCGCUGCUGCCCAGGUGGGGCUGGUCUCCAGCUGAGCAAGAGGAGAGGAGAGGAGCAUCUCUCUGCGUGGGGGUCAAGCCUCUGGCUGAAUGCUGGAACCUCAAGGCUUUGGACACUGCUAUGGAAUGUCUCUGUCACUUGUGUAUAAAAUGUACAUUGGAAAUAUUUAUAUGGACACUCUGUAUAUACGGUUUCUUUUCCAUGAGUUGCCCUGUGUGUGUUAUCUGCAGCCAAGGAGAUAAAGGCCAAUAAAGCAACCCACCUCCUGCCA